AUGGCCGCCCCGAAAGCCCGCCGCAACACCACCAUCUUCGCCGGUCUUCUGUACCUGGUGUCCUUGCCGUUUCUGCUCCUCGUCUUGCUGGGAAACACGCACAACACAGCCGUCCUGCGGGACCUGUACUUUUUCCGGCUCAACGUUGCCCAAAUCAUCCCCAUCGCCGUCUCAAACGCCAACCUGCUCAACUCGGUAGCUCGGAGCCUGGGCCUCCACGACUUUUAUCAGUUUGGCCUGUGGAAUUUCUGCGAGGGCUACCUGGACACCGGCAUCACGUACUGCUCUCCUCCGCACACCUUCUACUGGUUCAACCCCGUGGAAAUCCUGGUGAGCGAGCUUCUGGCCGGCGCCAAGAUUGCGCUUCCUGCCCAGGUCCUCACCGUCCUGAAGCUGCUCGAGAUUGGCUCCAAGGUCAUGUACGCCUUCUUCAUGGCCGGCACUGUCCUCGGUUUCGUUGCCCUCCUGGCCACGCCGCUGGUAUUGCGCGCCCGUUGGUUCAGCCUGCUCGUCUCUCUGCUGGGCGGGCUCUGCGGACUGCUCCUCACCGUGGCCGCCAUCAUCGCCACCCUCAUCAGUGUCGCGGCCAAGGUCGCCCUCACGGCCCAGGACCAGCUCAACAUCGGGGCCAGCAUUGGGGUCAAGAUGUUUGCCUUUAUGUGGAUCGGCGCGCUGGCCACCGACUCGGCGUUUCUGUUGCAUGCCGCCAUGGGCUGCUGCUGCAAGCCAGACCGUGCUGCAGUCACUGCCUCGACGUCGGGCACUAGCCCCAAGAAGACCAAUUCAGAAUUGCCUAGUUUUUUGAGACGACGCAAGCCGUCACCCCCUGAACAAAGCAGCAACAACACGUGA